CCCUCAAUUACGUUAUUAUAGGGUGUCAAAACAGUGCUUCGUGUCCGGAGUUAUGACCCCAUUGAUCUACAUGCAAACUAAGCGUGGUUCCGACUCGGAUUUACUAAUAUGACGGCCUGCCUUUGUUUCAUCAGGCCUCAAUAUAAAGUACCGGAACGCACAGCUUCAUCGCGCAUUAGAGUAUUUAAAGGAGACACCGUUGCGGGACAAUCAUGGUUAUCGCCAACCACCACUGAGAGGCUAGCAAUAUGACCACUCAAGGCAAGUUCGUUGCCUCAAACGAUGGCACCAAGAUUUGGGCCGACGCCUCAGGAAACCCUUCCAAACCUGCCGUGGUCUUCAUUCAUGGCUUGGGCUGUACCUCUGUCGCUUUCGAUAAGCAGUUCACGGAUAAGAAUCUGCUCGACAAUCUCUACCUCGUCCGAUACGAGAUGCGAGGUCAUGGCAGGAGUGAUCAUCCCGCAACCGCCGAGGCGCACACCUCCAUACGGUACGCAGAGGAUUUCAAGGCUGUCAACGACGCAUUUGGCUUGAACAAGCCGAUUAUCCUUGGAUGGAGUUUGGGUAGCAUGAUUCCGGUCGACGUAAUUGAGGCCUAUGGCGCGAAAACUAUCUCAGGCGUCAUCCUCCCUGGAGGUCCCGCCAUUACUCGCGCGCUUCACGACGAAUACUUCCAUCCGGAACUGUUGCGCUUGUUUCCCUUGUUGAUGGAUUCCUCGGGGGAUUCUAUCGGCAACGCUGCUUCUGCGUUCGUGGAUUCAUGUGUCGCUGACCCUGCUGCCAUGCCAUUCGAGACCAAGCUUCAGUGGAUGGGUGGAUUUGCAAUGCAGUCGCCUACGGUUCGCGCCCUUUGCGCCAAUCGUGCUCAGCCUUCGGACAGGUGGGAGAAGGAGAUCCAUGACGUACCGGUACUUCUUAUCCAGGGAGACCAAGAUACGCAUGCAGAUACUGAAAAGAUGGUGCCUAUUGCUCGCAAAUACUUUCCUAAAUUGGACCUUCAUAUUUUCGAAGGCGUUGGACACGCGCCUUUCUACGAAAGGCCGACGGAAACUAACGAGCUCAUAUUGGAUUUCGUAGGCAGAGUUGUCAAUGGGAGGACAUAAAUCGCAUAUUUGUUCCGUAUCCUUUUCAGGUGAUCUAUCCGACAAUCAUUGUAUCGUAAACACUGAAUGACAAUUGUAUUACCAGUGCUAUGGACUGGGUGAUUGAACCUUAUUGUCAUAUGUCAAGUUAUACAGUGGAUAUGGUGAUUUAGAGUAUAUAUCUCCACCAUUUGGUGGCGCAUCAGAUUCAAGACGGAUCAUC